UGUAAGGUUGGAAAAAUCAAGAAAUUUGUGUGGUGAUCGAGGAAAGGGAAGAUGAGGUCGAUAGUGAUGUAUAUAGGGUUGGUAAUCACAUGGGUACAGCUGGAAUGGAAUGGGAGUCUUAUACUUUUAAUACAAAAAUGAUAUGUUACAGAUUAUCAACCAUAUCUCUUCAUACUUUCUUCUAUAUAUUGACAAGGCCUGUACGCUAACUACAUGUCAAAUUGUCUAUGAGAUAUACAUAGAUCAUAAGAAAAGAGAUGGCAUUGCAAAAUUCUGAGCUAUCUAGAGAUCUGUUGCUUCAUUCUCAAGCUCACAUAUGGAAUCAUCUAUUCGGCUUUAUACACUCCAUGUCACUUAAAUGUGCAAUUCAGCUUGAAAUACCUGAUAUCAUCGUUCGCCAUGGUUCACCUAUGUUGCUUUCCGAGUUGGUCGAAGCCCUCGGCAUAAACCAUGAGAGAACUCCAUUUGUCUAUCGGCUUAUGCGCAUCCUUGUUCACUCUGGUUUCUUUGUUAAACAAAGUGUAUCAUGCCAUGAUGAGGAGGGAGGAGGCUAUUUGCUGGCUCCUGCUUCUCGUUUACUUCUCAAGGAUGAGCCAUUAAGCAUUAGGCCCUUUUUGCUACUUGUGUUGGACCCAAUCAUAGUAGACCCAUGGCAACACAUGAGCACGUGGUUCCAAAAUGAUGAUGUCACCCCCUUUAACACAACCCAUGGGAUGAUGUUUUGGGAUCUGGCAGGCCAAGAGCCGAAGCUUAAUCAGUUAUUCAAUGAAGGGAUGGCUAGUAAUUCAAGGCUUGUUACAAGUAUUAUUCUCAAACAUUGUGGAGGUGUUUUUGAAGGGAUAGAAUCCAUUAUCGAUGUUGGCGGUGGUACUGGGACUUUUGCGGUAGCUAUCGCCAAAGCAUUUCCCAAUAUUAGGUGCAUCAGCUUUGAUCUUCCUCAUGUAGUUAAUGGUUUGGUUGGAAGUAAAAACUUGAGUUAUGUUGGUGGAGACAUGUUUGAAGCCAUUCCUAAAGCUGGUGCAGUUUUGCUCAAGAGUAUCUUACACGAUUGGGGUGAUGAAGAAUGCAUAAAGAUACUAAAGCGAUGCAAAGAAGCGAUUCCAAGCAAAGACAAUGGAGGAAAAUUAAUCAUCAUAGACAUGGUCGUGAAGGUCAGCAAAGAAGAGAAUGAAUUCCUUGAGUCUCAACUGUUGUUUGAUAUGCUUAUGAUGAGUUUAGUGACCGGAAGAGAGAGGAGCGAAAAAGAUUGGGCAAAGCUCUUCCUUGACACAGGCUAUACAGAUUACAAAAUAACACCGGUAUCGGGGUUUAGAUCUGUUAUCGAAGUUUAUCCCUAAGUAAGUUACAUUUCUUCUAAGCAUGUUCUUGUUAAUCUGUUGUUCCUUAUCAACUUCGUUGUUCUUCAUCAUGUUUCAUCUUAUUACUAUUAAACUCUCGACAAUAAUUGAGGGUAUGUGAUUUAUGCUUGUGCACAAGGCCUCAAAAUUUUAAAUAAAUAUGAAAAUUCUUGAUUGUGUUGAGACA